AACCAUUAAUAAGAGUUGAGCCAGCAUGGUUAACAUAGUCGGAGUAGUCUUCCUCUGCGGACUUGUCGUCAUCAGCGCCGGACAACCGAACGACGAGGAUGAGCUCUUACAUUUCCAGCGAGUCAGUCAACUCAGAGCCCUUGCCCUGGAUUUUGCUGGUCAAGUGAGGGAUUUGGAUGUGCAGGAGCUCAACAUCCUGGACUCGCGAGUGCCAAGUGUGCAGGAUAUGCUGUGUCUAAGCGAUUUGACUGCGCUAAUAGCUGGACUAAGCAAUGGCCAGUACUGGGCGCUGAAAAUGUUCGAUUCCUGGGGCUCCAAGCCAUCUGGUCUACUGACGGGAAACAUGUACGACCUGGGCAACUUCGACGAGUGCCUCAGCAUCAACACGGAAGUCAGCCUGGGCAGAACUAUCCAGGGCAAGUACUGUUUUCUUUCAGUGUCUCCUGCCCAGGCGCUGGGAGUCCAGAGUUCCAUCCUUGGCGGUUUCAAUACCGCCACAUGCCUGCCGGCAUCCUGCUCGGCGGCUCACAUGAACACGUUCGUGGGUAUGUUGAUGAAACAACUGCUUAACGUUAGUAUUCCCAGCUCGGUCAUGAGUAUCAGCGAGUCCAGUUGCCAGACCAGUGAGCGUGAACCCUGGGACGGACUCACCAUUGCUAUGAUAGUGAUCUUAUCGGUGAUGGGCUUCUUAGUGGCUGGGUUUACCAUGUGGGACUACUGUGUGGUCAAGAAUCAGGACCACAUACCCAGCAUUGUAAAGGUGUUUUCGGCCAGGGCCAACUCACGUGCUCUGUUUCGCAUUGUAGCAGUGAAUUCUGGUCCAAAUGUGAUCGACUGCCUCCAUGGAAUUCGAUGCCUGUCGCUCAUCUGGGUGAUCUUCUGCCAUCAAUAUGUCAUGGCAUUUGUUGCGGCAAAUAUCAAUCUGUUCCAAUCUAUAUGGUGGGCGGAGACACCGUUUGCCAGUUUUGUUCUGCACGGCUUUUUCGCCGUGGAUUCGUUUUUCAUCCUCGGCGGGCUUUUGGUGGCUCUGAUUUCGUUGCGUUUGAUGGACAGAAACGCAGGUAAGCUGAACGUACCUUUGAUGUACCUACAUCGCUUGCUCCGCAUCGUUCCCCUUUUGGCCAUGGCCAUUGUGGUGUACAUGAAGCUCAUGCCCAUCAUAGCAGAUGGACCUCGAUUCGCCAGUGGCUACACAGGAAAGGUGGCUUGUGAAAAUGGUUGGUAUUGGACUUUGCUCUUCGUGAAUAACUACACCGGAGAUAUGUGCGUUGGCCAUUCCUGGUAUCUAUCGGCGGACAUGCAGCUGUUCAUCCUGUCGCCGAUCCUGCUGAUCGCGGUCUACAAGUGGGGCAAGAAAGCAGCUGCUGGCAUUUUCGUGCUAAUCAUUUUGCUUUCCGGCUGUCUCUUUGCCACCAUAAUGGUCAACAAAUACUCCUUGGUGCUCAAGAAGUUUUCAGCGGAUGCGCAAAAGGAUCUGUAUUAUGCCACCCACACCCAUGCUACGCCUUGGUUGAUAGGAUUCCUCUUCGGCUGCAUUCUACACAUGAACAGGGGAAAGAAGUUUCAGCUCAGCAGGAUAGUCGUGUGGUCGGGAUGGAUCCUUUGCCUGGCCAUGAUCUUCACCUCGAUCUUCGCCCUCUACCCGUACGCCAAGUGGUUUGGUCCAGAGCUGUCCACCUUUGCGGAGGCUUCCUACUACACUCUAACUCGAAUCGGCUGGUGCCUGGCCCUCUGCUGGGUGAUCUUCGCCUGCCAGAAUGGAUACGGAGGACUGGCCAACAGCUUCCUCUCCUCGCCGCUGUGGCAACCGUUUUCCAGACUAUCCUACUCCGUGUUCAUCUGGCACAUGUUCUUCCAGGAAGUCAAUGCCAGAAGCAUGAGAACGAAUGCAUAUUUCUCCAACUACACCAUGAUGCUCAACUUCUGGUCAACCUUUGGCUUUACCGUGCUGUUUGCCUAUGUGAUGCACUUGGUGAUUGAGGCUCCUUUUGGUGGUCUCGACUACUUGCUGAGACCAAAGCAAAAAACUGCCGCUCUUGUUGAAGAGAAAUCCCAGAUAGCUGACAACGAACACAGUAACCUCGAGGAGCUAAAAGUAACGACUUCAACACCUUCCGAAAGUUAACUGUAACUAAUGCUAGUCCUAGUAAUUUAUAUCUUAAGUGUAAGUAAGUGAAUGAAUAUUAUUUUUA